AUGCCCGCAGACAGGGGAAAUCCCCAGGAGAAGAAGGGGUCCAUCGGCCCACACGCUUCUCGUGCGCGCUGAAGGAAUACACAGUCUUGGGGAUGAAGGAUUGCAUACAAUCUGUGUAUCACUUGCCUUCUGUUCGCCAGACCACGUAGCCAUGGGGAAAACGCACGAUUUGGCCUUUCACAGCCUAACGUUCAGAUCCUCCCGAACUUCUGGGUCACAAGUGGACGUACGAGUCGUCGAUUUGGCCAGCUCACCGACGUAUGGGCCUGGCUUUUUCGUCUAG